AUGUCUGACCAGGAGGACCGCAUGUUGGAAAGCGACGACGAUGAUAUGGCUCCCCUCACCUUUCAAGAUGCAGCUCGACAAGGCGAUGAAGACGAGCCUCGACCUUUCGAUCUUGCCGACGUCCCUUCAUCGGUCGAGGCAGAUGAUGCCUUGCCUCAGACCGAGAUCCUCGAGUGUCUCUUCAUGUCCCAGGAUGGAGGGCGUUCCACGGGUCGUACCUGGGAGCAGACAAAGGUGCAGUCAGUCAACCUCUCCACCCUCGCCAGGACCUUCAAGAAAGGCGACAAAGCAACUGCAAUUAAUUUUUUGCAUCGCCGCUCCGCUCUUCGGCUCGACGACGACUUCUACUACAACAAUGAAGAUGAGAUGCUUGCGUGGGACGCCUCGAAUCAUUUCCUCGACUUUUGCCUUGUCGUAGGAGGCUCCAUCGGUUUGCACGCAUUACUUCCGAACAGGGUCGUCGACCACACCUUUUCCAUCGCCCUCAACCUAUGUCUGCCCACCCGUCUCUUUCGCCCCAAGUUCGGCAAAUUGGGUUUUGAUCCCACGGGCUGCAUGUUGGCGAUCGGCACUGGACCUUCCUGUGAAUAUUGGCUGGCAUUUUGCCAUCAAGAGAAUUUGGACGACAUCGACAUCGCCAACAAUGUCCCCCUUCUGAGCGACAAACAACAUGGCGACACCAGACUGUCGUCCUCGCACUUUCGCAUGGCGGUAAUGUUCUUGGCGUACGCCCUCUCCAAAAAUCCCAAUCUCCCCAUCUACGUCAUGCACCAUUAUGGCACCGACGAUGACCUGAGCACGUGGAGGAUCAAGGACGUGUCAAAUAUAUAG